GUGGACAAGCUUAUGGGCGCUAAUUUGGUGGAAGAAACUUCUUAUGUUACCUGGCUGUCAAAUGUGGUAUUUGUGCCCAAGCCGUCGGGCGACUAGAGGAUGUGCGUGGAUUACACAAGCCUCAACAAGGCGUGCCCAACGGACGCCUACCCAAUGCCCCGGAUAGACUUGCUGGUGGACUCCACGGCAUACCACGAGAUGCUGAGCUUCGUGGACAUGUUUUCAGGAUACCAUCAAAUCCCCAUGGCAGAGGAAGACCGGCCCAAAACAGCUUUCAUGACGCCUUUUGGAAACUUCUGCUAUCGGGUCAUGGCCUUCGGGCUCAAGAACGCGGGCGCCACAUACCAAAGGAUGGUUAACAACGUCUUCCGGCAGCAAAUUGGCCAGAAUGUGGAAGCUUAUGUGGAUGACCUCAUAGUCAAGAGUCGGAAACGGGAAGACCACAUUGAAGACUUGCGUGAGACAUUCCAGGCCAUGAGGGCGCAUAGGCUCCGACUAAACCCCCUCAAAUGUGUGUUCGGCGCCGAAGCGGGAAAAUUUCUGGGAUUCAUGAUCACUAAAAGAGGUAUAGAGGCCAACCCGAAACAGGUGGAUGCUAUUCUUAAGCAGACCCCCCCGAAGACGCCCAAAGAAGUGCAAGGCCUGGCGGGCAGGCUGGCAGCGUUGGGGCGCUUCAUCCCCCGGUCCGCAGACAAGGCCGCUCCCUUCUUUCGAACUCUUAAGAAGGCGGCCCGUUUCCAAUGGACCACUGAGUGUGACGGAGCAUUCGAAGAGUUGAAGCAACUCUUAAGCGCCCCGACCGUGAUGACGGCGCCUAAGGCGGGAGAACCACUAUACCUUUACAUUGCUGUGUCGGAAGUGUCGGUAAGUGUCGUGCUCGUCGCAAGAGAAGCCCACUCUGGAGAAGACAGACCGGUGUACUAUGUCAGUCGCACCAUGGUUCCCCACGAAAAGCGAUACGCCCCCAUUGAGAAGGCCGCGCUGGCGGUUGUGAUGGCCGCAACCAAGUUGAGACCCUACUUCCAAGCCCACACCGUCAUAGUCCUUACCAACCUCCCUCUGAAAUCCACGUUGGGAUCAAUGGACGUGGCCGGGCGCCUCGUCAAGUGGGCAGUCCAGUUAAGCGAGUUCGAUGUCAGGUAUGCGCCUCGACCAGCCAUCAAGGCCCAAGUCCUGGCCGACUUCGUCGCGGAAGGAAUAGCUGAGGCAGAGAAGGGGAAAGAUGAUUGCUGGCAAGUCCAAGUCGAUGGAGCGGCCAGCCGUACGGGCGCCGGAGCAGGAAUUGUGAUGAUAAGCCCGGGAGGUGCGAUGCACGAGGUAGUGCUGCGAUUCGCCACCUUGAAAACAAACAAUGCUGCAGAGUAUGAGGCGGUGAUUGCCGGCAUGACCAUGGGUAAAGAGCUGGGCGCCCACAAAAUCCAGGUCAAGUCCGACUCGGCCCUCGUUGCCAACCAACUUAACGGAGCAUUCGAAGUAAAGGAGGAAGCGCUAGAAAUGUACGUGCGAAGGAUCAGAGAGCUGGGAGCCUGGUUUGGGGAAAUCUCCUUCAUUCACAUCCCGCGUGAGGAAAAUGCGCAUGCAGAUGCCCUAUCCAAAUUGGCCACCGCAGUAGAGUUUGCAGAAUAUCGGAAAGUCAUUGUCACUGCGGAAGUACCCCGCCAAUAUUUGGUCGCAACCUUGGGGGACGAAGGCACCGACUCCGGGUGGAUGGCACCAAUCAUAUUAUUCUUGACCCAAGGAACGGUGCCGGAUGACCCAAAGGAAGCCUGGCGCCUCUGUCGAAAGGCGGCCCGGUGCUCCAUAAUCGAAGGAACGUUAUACAAGAGGUCUCAUUCGGGAGCAUAUUUGAGGUGUCUGAAUGAGGAGGAAAGCAGAGGAGCAAUCGAAGAGGUGCACAGCGGGACGUGCGGAAUGCACGCAGGGGCGCGCAGUUUGGAAAAAACGCUGCUGCGACAAGGUUAUUACUGGCCAACGAUGAGACGGGACACCAGGGCACACGUGGGCGCCUGCCACCAGUGCCAAAUUCAUGCAAAUGACAUUCAUGUCCCGGCGGCGCCCAUGCAGGGCAAUGUGGGAGCCUGGCCUUUCGCCCAAUGGGGCAUGGACCUGUUAGGCCCUUUUCCCAAGGCGCCCGGGCAAAUGAAAUACUUGAUCGUGGCAGGCGACUACUUUUCCAAAUGGAUUGAAGCUGAACCUUUGGCCACUGUUACAGAAGCGCAGGUGCGAAAGUUCACCAAGAAAAACAUAUUCACCCGAUUCGGCCUACCUGAGUCCAUUGUCGCAGACCAUGGAAAGCAGUUCGAUUGCAAGAAAUUUGUGGAGUUUUCCGAUGACAACGGGGUCGUCCUGCGGUUCUCUUCAGUGGCAUACCCUCAGGCAAACGGUCAAGCGGAAGCGGCCAACAAGAGUAUUCUCCACGGGUUGCACACUCGACUAGCAGGCGCCAAGGGCAAGUGGGUGGAGGAACUACCAAGCGUGCUGUGGGCGCACCGCACAACCUACAAAACAGCCACUGGGGAAACACCCUUCGCCCUAACUUACGGAAGUGAGGCGGUCAUCCCGGUGGAAGUCAACUCCCCAAGCUACCGCGUUGGCCAGUAUAACCCAACCAACAAUGGCGAAGCAAGAAUCGAUGAACUGGACAUGACAGAUGAGGUGAGGGAAGUAGCGGCCAUCCGGCUGGAAAAGAUGAAGCGCCAAGUGGCUCGGUACUACAACAAGAAAAUGCGGGCGCAUGGAAUCACCGAGGUCGCCCUCGUUCUCAAGCGUGACUUCCGCCCGGACGCCCGUGAAGGGAAGUUAGCACCGAAAUGGAAAGGGCCUAUCGAGUUCGAGAGGUGGUGGGACCAAGUUCGUUCAAGCUAGAGCAUACCAGCGGCGAAGGCGUAAAACGAACUUGGAAUGCGCAGAACCUGCGAGUUUACCGGGAGGGCGCCUCCGUUCGAUGAGGGCCAAGAAGGCAAAAGGUGGUCGUAGUCAAGAGCAUUGUUAGUGUUAGAGACAAUUGUGUAAGGCGCCGUGUUGUGUCCAAAAGCGCUCGUAAAAGUAGCGCCGUGUUGUGUCCAAAAGCGCCCCGUGUUGCAGCGCCCGAUUGAGACUUAAUGUUUUCAAUUCCUCUUUCGUAAGCAGUAAAAGCGCCCUAAUUUCGCGCCCGGAAAUUUUGUGUAGUACAAAGCGCCCUAACCUUGCGCCCGAUCGUGUGUUGUCAAUUGGUACGUGAGUAAGUAAAGCGCCCAAUUUUGC